CUCUCCUCACAGGAAAGACGCGGUCCAGCAGGAGCAGCAGCAGCAGCAGCAGUGUGUGUGUGUGUGUGUGUGCAGGGAUGAUACAGGAUCUGACACACACAGAGAAAAUAUUAUUAUCAACCUGACAGUGUUUAGCGCUGAAGGAGCAUCUGCAACAUUUUCUGGUGAAUAGGUGCUGCUGAUGACUCAGACAUGGACACGCUGUCAUAUGUGCUCACACAACUUAAUUGAGGAAACCAUGAGCAUUUUCCGCCUGAUGUGUUGGAUCUGUUUGUUCCUUUAAACCAAAAUAAGAGCGUGUACCAAGACAUGGGGGACUCCAACAUCAGCCACUUGGUCGCAGCAUAUACAGAGAUGCAGGAGAGUCACCCAACAGGAGAAAUGAAUCACUAUAUGGACAGCUACGAUAUGGACUAUGGCAUCCCUCCUGAUGACAUCCCAGACACCACGCAGGGCCAGGCCUUCUUUGUGGCCACCAUUGUUAUUGGAGCGGUCCUCGUCUGCAUAAUGCUCGUCUGUGGGAUGGGAAACUUCAUAUUCAUUGCCACGCUGACCCGCUACAAAAAGCUCCGCAACCUCACCAACCUGCUCCUCGCCAACCUGGCCAUCUCAGACUUCAUUGUGGCGGUGGUGUGCUGCCCGUUCCUGGUGGACUACUACGUGGUGAAACAGCUUUCCUGGAGCCACGGACUGGUGCUGUGCUCCUCCGUCAACUACCUGCGGACUGUGUCACUCUACGUGUCCACAAACGCACUGCUCGCCAUCGCGGUUGACAGGUACAUGGCUAUAGUCCAUCCACUCCGGCCUCGUAUGAAGUACCAAACCGCCUACUGCCUGAUAACAGGAGUCUGGGUUGUUCCCAUUCUAAUCUCGAUUCCCUCUGCCUACUUUGCCUCUGAGACCAUGUACCCUCAUGGUGGCACCAGCCCGACCACUCACAAAGUCUUCUGUGCGCAGAUCUGGCCUGUGGACAAGCAGGCCUACUACCGCUCCUACUUCUUGGUUGUUUUUGCCGUGGAGUUUGUGGGGCCUGUGAUCGUCAUGGCGAUUUGUUACGCCCAAAUCUCCCGUGAGCUCUGGUUCAAGAAUGUCCCGGGUUUCCAGACGGAGCAGAUUAGGAAGCGGCUGCGUUGUCGCCGCAAGACGGUGAUGGUCCUCAUCGGGAUCUUGACGGCAUACAUCCUGUGCUGGGCCCCGUAUUACGGCUACACCAUCCUGAGGGACUUCCAUCCGACACUAAUCUCAAGACAGAAGAACUCACUGGUGGCCUUCUACAUCAUCGAGUGCAUCGCCAUGAGCAACAGCAUGAUCAAUACCUUCUGUUUUGUAAGCGUCAAGAAUAACACAGUGAAGCACCUGAAGAAGAUCGUGCUGCUGCGCUGGAGGUCGACGUAUGCCCCCAGUAAGACUGUGGAUGAGAUGGAGAUUAGGACCUCCUCCAUGCCUGUGACAGAGGAGAUUGAAUGUAUUCAGCUGAGAUGAAGACGAGGAAGACCUGUUAUCGAACAGUCAGAGUCAUUGGGACUAUUGAUCUACAGAAAUUACAUAACCGACAGUAACGAUGGUGCAAUUCCCUCAUGUUUAAAAUAGUUGGUAUAGAUUUCAAGCACCAUGAACCAGAGAGAAAAGUGGAAACCGAACACUACAAGGCUUAAUGGGGCAGCAGAGCUCAAACUUUGUUGGUUAGUACAUACAAUUCUUUUGUUCGGGCCAUCAUGUGAAUGUGAUUGUUGUGCAUGCAUUAGGAAAUAUUGUAACUUGUUGUAUUUCUGAAAUAUAUAGAAGAUCUUGAUGCUUCUAUCGAUUGUAUUGUAUUUCCUUUACCUGUUUUGUUGUAAUUUCAGUAAUGUCAAAUAACUAUUAAUGUUAAAGAAAUGCUUUUAUUGAGUGACGCUUUCCUAUUUUAAAUGUUAUGUUUUGUCUAGAGGGAAAUACUCAGGCUUUUUCUGUAGAGAUGUAAUUAUUGUGUAAUUGUGUGUACUGAGGUACAGGAAACAUCCAGCAUAUUUCCCACUUCUUUUAAAGAGUGGGAAAUAUAGAUUCAUUUAUUUUUCUGAUAAUGUGUCUUUAAAAAGAGACCAUUUGCUUGCAUGUUUUCUUUGUAGAGAAACGCUUAAUAAAUGACAAGAUACUGGGGAGAAAAACUCUUUACAAUUCAUGUACUGUGUGUAAGUUACGUGUAACGUAUCAUUAGUUAUCAUAGUUAUCCGUUGUCUUCAAAUGCAUAAUACUUCACUGCAUACAGCAUUGACCCUGGCCUAAAGUAUUUGUGGGCUGAUGCACCUUGGAGGCCCAGAAGAGUUCUAAUAGAGCUAGUUAGCAACUGUAAAUUUAGUUUUCAACUGCUGUUGGGUGCAUUGUGUAUUUUACACAGUACAUUUAAUUGUACACUAUAGAGUUACACUAUUAUUCUGAGCAUCUGUCUGGAGAGCUGCAAAGAAUUGUUACUUGACAAAGAUCAUCUACACGGCAUAUCCACUUUGAAUAAUCUGCAUCGGGCCUUAUUCCAAAUAUUAGUAUUUUCGAUUAAAAUGUGAGAAAUGCUGAUAUUAUUGGUUUUAAGAUAAUUAUUAGGACAUGUGUACUUCACAUUCUAUAUAUGUUUCAAAUCUGUUUUACAACAGUUUGUGACACUUGGUCUCUCGUCUGUUCGUAGUCAGAUCUGUGUUGUACAUGAAGGCCGGGGUAGAAACACAUACAUUUUACUUUAACCUGAUUAUGCAUGGCUGCGUUUGUGGGACUGUCAAGAGCUUAUGAACAUUGUUUUUUGUGGGGGGGAAUAUGGGAAACUGAUGAAACUGAAUAUGUUUGGCAUGUAAAUUAAUUUAAAUAAUGAUAGAAGUGCUUGCCUGGUUCUUCUCUCCUUUGCGGUAAGCGUUUAGAAUCAUGUACUUUCAUGCUGGAAAAAGCAGCUGAAGCUUUCAGCUUCU